CGGGGCCGCCGCGGGGCUGUCGCACCGAGCCCGGCCGGAGCCGCAGCCGCAGCCGCAGCGCGCCCGCCGGAGCGCCCGCCUCGCACCUCGCCCUCGAGCAGCAGCGGCUCCUCUCCUGCCGCAGCGGGACCCGAAGAUGAAGAGGUUAUCUGUCCUGCCCCAGCAGUGUCUGCUGCUGAUGACAUGUCUCCUAAUGGCCUUGGAAGCUGUACCUAUAGACAUAGAUAAGACAAAAGUCAAGGCAGAAGGCCAUGUAGAAGGAGAGAAGGUAGAAAAUCCAGAUACAGGACUUUAUUAUGAUGAAUAUCUCAGGCAAGUAAUAGAUGUCUUGGAAACUGAUAAGCAUUUCAGGGAGAAACUCCAGACUGCUGACAUAGAAGAAAUAAAGAGUGGAAAGCUAAGCAGAGAGCUUGAUUUAGUCAGCCACCACGUAAGAACACGGCUGGAUGAACUAAAAAGACAAGAGGUAGCAAGAUUAAGAAUGUUAAUUAAAGCUAAAAUGGAUUCUGUUCAAGACACUGGUAUAGACCAUCAGGCUCUCCUUAAGCAGUUUGAGCACCUGAACCAUCAGAAUCCAGACACCUUUGAACCUAAAGACUUGGAUAUGCUGAUCAAAGCAGCUACAAGUGACCUGGAAAACUAUGAUAAGACUCGCCAUGAGGAGUUUAAGAAGUACGAGAUGAUGAAAGAACACGAGAGGAGAGAGUAUUUAAAAACACUGGAUGAAGAGAAGAGGAAGAAAGAAGAAUCCAAAUUUGAGGAGAUGAAGAAAAAACAUGGAGAUCACCCUAAAGUUCACCAUCCUGGAAGCAAAGAUCAACUGAAAGAGGUGUGGGAAGAAGCAGAUGGACUAGAUCCUAAUGAAUUUGACCCCAAAACAUUUUUCAAAUUGCACGAUGUCAAUAAUGAUGGAUUCCUGGAUGAGCAGGAAUUAGAAGCCCUAUUUACUAAAGAGUUAGAAAAAGUUUAUGAUCCCAAGAAUGAAGAGGAUGACAUGGUUGAAAUGGAAGAAGAAAGGCUGAGAAUGAGAGAACAUGUAAUGAAUGAGGUUGACAUCAACAAGGACCGGCUAGUGACUUUGGAUGAGUUCCUGCGAGCUACAGAGAAAAAGGAAUUUUUGGAGCCGGAUAGCUGGGAGACACUAGAUCAACAGCAGCUCUUCACCGAGGAUGAGCUGAAGGAAUUCGAAAAUCACAUUUCCCAGCAGGAAGAUGAACUCAGAAAGAAGGCAGAAGAACUUCAGAAACAGAAGGAAGAACUACAGAGGCAGCACGAUCAGCUUCAGGCUCAGAAACAAGAGCUUCAGCAGGUUGUAAAACAGAUGGAACAAAAGAAACUACAGCAAGGAAGUCCUCCUGCAGGACCAGGUGGAGAACUGAAAAUCCAACCCCCUGCUGAACACAAAGCUGCAGAUGCAGCACAGCACCCAGCAGGAGGAGAUCAGCCUUUACCACCAGGACACGUCCAAGAAGCAGCUGUCAGAACUGAUCCAGUUCACCCUUAACCACUUGUGCCUCAACUUUAUAGCAUCUUUAUUAUUUGGGGAGGGAGGG